AUGGCGUCUGCGGCGACGGGCGGCGAGGCGCCCACGGCAGUCGCAGCCGCGGGUCCGGUACCGCCUGCAGCUGCAACCGUGGCGCUCGACCGGGAUGCGUUUCGGCGAGUGGUGACUGUGCCGGCCUUGCGGAUACCUAAGCAGCGGUGCAACGAGCUGAUGCGCACGUUCAAGGGGUGG